GUCCGCGCCGCUCGCUUAUUCGACGGCUGUCCCCGCGUCGCAGACGGUGGCCAACGCGCCAGGCAAUCCAGAGCAUCGGCUCAGAACGAACGAGAGAAUGAACAAUCAGGGACUCUGCAAAGGUAGCACCAAGCACAGACCUGGACUUCCCAUCCCAGAUCUUGGAGUACAUCGAAGGCUUCAGAAAGUCAAAGGCAAUGUUCACGGCGUGCGAGCUGGGCAUCUUCGACUUCUUGGAGAGCCCCGAGGGCCGAACGGGAGCCACGGCGGAGGCGGUGGCCGGAGCAUUGGACGGCGCCGGCCCCACCAGCGUGGAUGGUCUGGGCCGGCUGCUGGACGCCUGCGUCGGCAUGGGGCUGUUGAACAUCAGCGUCCGCGGAGACCAAUUCGUGUACAGCAACACGGAGCAGGCGAGUGUCUUCCUGUGUCGUCACAGUCCCAAGUCGAUGCACGACAUCAUCAUCUACAACUCGGCCACCAUCUACCCGCUGUGGCAGCACCUCCCCGCUGCAGUCUUAGAGGGACAAAAUCAGUAUGAGAAAACCUUUGGGGUCUCUAACGCUGACCUGUUUGGGGCAAUGUACAGGUCGGACGAUGAGAUGAUGAAGUUCAUGAAGUUAAUGAACGGCAUCUGGGCCGUUAACGGCCACGCGGUCCUCACUGCUUUUGACCUCUCACCUUUCAAAGAUGUGUACGACCUUGGAGGGUGCACGGGGGCCCUGGCGCUGCAGCUCGCCGAGAUUCACCCCGACUCACGGGUCACCGUCUUCGACCUCCCGCCCGUCGUGGAGGUGUCGCGGAAACACUUCCUCGCCUCCGGCACCGUGCAGCUGCAAGGAGGCGAUUUUUUCAAAGAUGAGAUCCCGCAGGGCGACCUGUACAUCCUGGCACGGAUCCUACACGACUGGUCCAAGGAGCAGUGCAUGCAGCUGCUGGGCAGCAUCUACUCCAGCUGCCAGCCAGGAGGUGGUUUGCUCGUGGUGGAGUGCCUGCUGGCGGAGGACCGGCGCGGCCCCAUCUCGGUGCAACUCUACUCGCUCAACAUGCUGGUGCAGACCGAGGGCCGCGAACGCUUCGCCUCCGAGUACACGGCCAUGCUCACCGAAGUUGGCUUCCGCGAUGUCCGUGUGGCCAACACGGGCAAGCUCUACAAUGCCAUCCUAGGGCGCAAGUGAAGAGCUUCACAACCCCAUCCUAGCCCGCAAGUGAGGAGCUCUACAAUGCCAUCCUAGCGCGCAAGUGAGGAGCUCUACAAUGCCAUCUUAGCUCACAAGUGAGGAGCUCUACAAUGCCAUCCUAGCGCGCAAGUGAGGAGCUCUACAAUGCCAUCUUAGCACGCAAGUGAGGAGCUCUACAAUCCCAUCUUAGCACACAAGUGAGGAGCUCUACAAUGCCAUCUUAGCACGCAAGUGAGGAGCUCUACAAUGCCAUCUUAGCACGCAAGUGAGGAGCUCUACAAUGCCAUCUUAGCACGCAAGUGAGGAGCUCUACAAUGCCAUCUUAGCACGCAAAUGAGGAGCUCUACAAUGCCAUCUUAGCACGCAAGUGAGGAGCUCUACAAUGCCAUCCUAGCACGCAAGUGAGGAGCUGUACAACGCCAUCCUAGCACGCAAGUGAGGAGCUAUACAAUGCCAUCUUAGCACGCAAGGUGAGGAGCUCUACAAUGCCAUCUUAGCUCGUAAGUGAGGAGCUCUACAAUGCCAUCUUAGCACGCAAGUGAGGAGCUCUACAAUGCCAUCUUAGCACGCAAGUGAGGAGCUGUACAACGCCAUCCUAGCACGCAAGUGAGGAGCUCUACAAUGCCAUCCUAGCACGCAAGUGAGGAGCUCUACAAUGCCAUCCUAGCACGCAAGUGAGGAGCUCUACAAUGCCAUCUUAGCUCGUAAGUGAGGAGCUGUACAACGCCAUCCUCGCCCGCAAGUGAGCGGCCCUCCAAAGCCAUCCUGUUGGAUUGGAAUUAGUUAAGAUUUCCGAUGGCGAGUGCCGGCGGAUGGCUUCAUACAUUCACUAGUGCAUACGUAGGUCUCUAAAAGGACUCGGCAUUCAUGAAGACUGUGGAGGCAUCCUGAUAUUCUGAAAGUGGCUGUCAAGGGACCUCUGUCCAAAAAUGUUUGAAAUCCAGAUGUUUAAAGCAAGGUGCAAAAGAGCUGUUUAUUAUAGGUAUUUUGGGAUGUACCAAUGGAUUAAUACAAUGAUGAUUACUAUUUAUUCUUUGGCAGAAUUCUGUAAAAAGUCACGUAAAUGUGUCACCAAAUCAAUAGGUAACCUUGACAAAGAGACAGCACAAUUCCUCACAAUGUUCUUCCCUAAUUCCCAACAACGAUCCUGUAACUCGCACCCAUUGUUCCCACACCACAGCAAAUGACCCCAGUCGUGAAAGGCGACCCAUUAGUUUGGGGACAAUUUCAGUGGUGGGAAAUUGAGUCUGCUCACAAACCAGUGUGUUGUGCUGUAAUGUAAACCGAUUGCUUCACAUACAGAUACCAUUACAGAGGUGCAGAAAUGAUAUAGUUUCCUCAACACGAGCUGUAGCAGGGGGGUGUCGUUCGACAUCAGCCUACGCCGACUCUAAAUUAAGCUAUACGCUAUUUUUUAUUUUACCAGGUAAGGCUCUUCUUCGGAAGCGACCUGACCACAAAUGAUAGCUCUACGAAGUAGCUUAUCAUGUGGAAAUUUUUAGCAGCCACAUACUCUCAACGUCUGCUUAUGAAUGUGGGGGGGAAACCAGGAGGACCCGGAGGAAUAUACAGACGUCAGGGUCGCAAUUGAAGCCACAACCUCCUACAUACCAGGCGAAGGGAAUUAACACCAUUAUAGAAGUAAUGAGAUAGUUUCCUAAAAGCAGGAUGUUGCCCGGGGGAUUUCCAAUGAUGCCAGAGGAAUCUCUCUCUCUCUCUGACUCCCUUUCGACAUCAGCCGUGCGCCGACUCAAAACCCCAAGGAUGGAACCCAGAAUAAUUUUCCCUCUGCUCUGUGUGACUUCGGAUUUCCUCACGAUACUUUUUUGCAUGAAAAUGAAUAGGAUCACGUAUGUUAGAAUCGAUGUUUAAAAAAAUAAAUGGUAUAUGGUGUCAAUGAGUUCACAUUGCCCCUGCAUACACUGUGGACAUUUACAUUCACCACAAUGUAAUCGGAGACAUUUCCUGAACGUGUGAAACAAUUGCAGUGCCGAGGGGGGGGUGAAUCAUUCCAGAUUUAUUGCAUAGGUUGCAGAAUCAUUGGAAGUCUCUUCACUUAUUAAAAUGCCUUUGUACGACAGCGGGAUGUUUAUUUGCCCGAAGCCACCCAGUGCUGGUGCUGCUAUUAGGAAUAUACUAACACAAUAUAUAACCCUUGACUGUAACCUUCUAUCAUUUACGGAAAUAUUGAUUUAAAAUUAACCACACGUAUAUCGUGUCGUAUACAGUAGGCAUAUUUUUUUUACAUCUGGUGGUUUGUGGGGUAUACGGAAGGCAAAAUGUUGAGCGUGUAGUUUCCUCUCAGCAUGAAUUCCUGUAUUUUAUUAUUUUAUACAAUCAAUGUUCUCGUGAAGGAGCAUAAACCAUCACGUCAACUCCGCUCAUCCUCACAGUGGCUUUUGGCUAGCGAUCGAACAAAGACGGUCACUGUAUCGCGCACUUUCAGAUGUCCUUCUGCGGCCGUCUGGAACGCUCUUCCGAUAUUAGGAAGCUACUGGAGCUACGCACUUUAAAAUCAUCUACAUUGAAAACUCAUUUUUUUAUAACUGCUUUUUGUCUUUCAUUUUGUUGUCCUUCCCCCGCACCUCCGAUUAUCACGGUUGGAUAUGUACGGUGUGAAAGAAGCUCAACAUACGUAUGUACAAUGUGUGUGUAUGGGACAUGGUUGCUGAAGCAGGAAAAUGUAUUUCCCCCCACCCACCAACUUCAUGAUGCACUGGACAGUCGUGGUUGAUUAUGCUCAAAUUAUAUCUGGUGAUGCCGCUGCGUUGCCAGCGGUGCACAGGCAUAAUUAUCAAAAAUGUCAACACAUUCGCCAAUAACUCUGUGGCAUUAACAGAAAAUGUAUACAAUCGGCGACAAUCCAGGCAAUGGGUUUUCAUAUUAAUGUACAUACAUUGAAUAGAUUAGAUUUCCAGGAUUGUUGUAUGGAAAUAGGAGUGGAGAUCAGAGAGAGCCCUCUUUAUUAAUUGUAUGCACAUAAAAUGCACAAUGCAAACAAAGGGGCAUUGCCCAAAACGUCGCCUGCUAUUUAUAUUUCCUUUGAGGCAGUGUGAUUAACGAAUGUGUUGAGUUUUAUGGUUGAUUACUGCAUUAUUCUAUUUGUGCUGCAUUUCAUUGUGAAGUGUAAUUAUUUCACGAGUAAAAAACAAAACAGAAGCAUCCAAUGUGUUCGCAUUCACACUGAGAAGGGUUUUUUCAUACAUGGGCAUCUCGGAAAUGCAAUAUUUCCAUUCAAGUCACUCAUAAGCAUCGCAAGGAAAUCAGAACCUACGCAGAGCUGAGGGGAAUUGAUUCUGGUUGCCACCCUAGGAGUUUUGAGUUGCGGUGGUGAGAUGUUAAUUCCCUCGCCUGGUAUGCAGGCGAUUGUGGGUUCGAUUGCGAUCCUGACGUCUGUAUAUUCCUCCGGGUCCUCCUGGUUUCCCUCCACAUUUAGAAGCAUACGUUGAGAGUAUUUGGCUGCUAUAGAUUUCCACAUAAUAAGCCACUUCGUUGAGCUAUCAUUAGUGGGCCAGGUCGUUAUGAAGAAGAUCCUUAAACUAUUUCAUCCCUGCACCUCUGUAAUGGUAUCUCUAUGUGAAGCAAUCGGUUUACAUUACAGCACAACACACUGGUUGGUGAGCAGCCUCAAUUUCCCACCACUGAAAUUGUACCCUAAAUGAAGGGUCGCCUUUCAUGACUGCGGUCAUUUGCUGCGGUGUGGGAACAAUGGGUGCGAGUUAUAGGAUCGUUGUUGGGAAUUAGGAGUGAGGAUCAGAGGGAGAGCCCUCUUGAGAAAUUGCGCUGUCUCUUUGUGAUGUUUACCUAUCGAUUUGGUUACACAUUUAUUGAUUUUAGUUUUUACAGAAUUCCGUGGAAAUUUUUCCUGUGAGCAUCCCAUAACGUUGUAGCACCUCGUGUGUGAGCAACUAACACUAUCUCUUUUUUAAUGAAUCCCUUGCCUAUUAUAGAACGCAACCUCCUUAAUUAAGACCAAACCUUCUAUUCUGUGGAGAGAUAAUUUCCUCCCUAAAAAAAAUGUACAAUUACCGCACUGCUAAUGAGAAUAGCUCAAUUACAAGAGAA